UCGGCGUUUGCAGCAGCGUCGAUUAAGGAGGGGAAGGCUGCAUCGGAUAAGUCAUCUGGCAGCCGUCGGCACAUCACCGGGUGGUUGAAGCCAGGGAACUAGAACACUUAGAGAUAGAGCGCAUCUUGAGUCUAGACAUCAGAUGAACUCUUGCAGCUGAGAACAACAUUAAGAACUGUCUAUUCCUGUGGAUGCAAUACUGCUUGCUUCUUGGGAAGUACACAUCGCUUGAAGACCACGACCAAAGGCAGGAGCUAUACGUAUUACAUUUCUUAACCAGUCGAUCCGAAAACAAGAUAGGACCUUAUUAUUACGCACAGUCGAGCUAUCCUGGCGAUUCUGAACAUUCUGAUUUUGGCAAGCUGUUCGGUGCUCAUAAGAGCUUAGAGAUGGUGUUACGGGACUUGCUAUUGUGGGUCUAUCUGGAUGCUGUCAUCCUGACAUGCUGUAUUUUACAUUCUGCAAGAUCCCUCUCGAUGGGAGUCAGACCUAUGACACUUACUGCUCCAGUUGCACCCCGUCUGGAUCUCGACGAGAAGGAAUUUGAGUACCUGGAGGUCAACGGCUACGUUACAGGUCACGUAACCAAUCCUAAGAGGGCGCCACCAUACGACGAACACCUUGAGCAAGAUGCACAGUUGGCUAUCGAGUCCUUCCAGCAGUUCUACCAACUCCCGGUGACAGGUUUGAUGGAUCCAGUCACCAAAGAGACCAUGUGGAAGCCGCGAUGUGGGUACCCAGAUGUAGCGGUGCUGGAGAAAGAACUCGCUGGAAGGAGCAAUGCAACAGAGGCAAAGCAAGAAGAAGGGAAAAGGAGGCGGACGAGGCGGUACAACAAUGGUGGAGGAUUGUACAAGUGGGAUAAACGGAAACUCACCUACUCGAUCCACAACUUUCCCUCAAGAGGCAAAUUGAAACCUCUAGAGGUGCGCAAUGCCAUCAAGAGAGCUUUCGGGGUGUGGAGCGACGUUACCCCACUGGAGUUUCGAGAGCUGGACGCAUCGUCCGACGCCGACAUACGUAUGGCGUUUCUCCGGGGCAGCCAUUCCAUCGACAAGGACCACCCGAUAUUUGAUGGGCCGGACGGGGAGUUGGCUCACGCUUUCUCCCCUAAUAGUGGGUGGGGCGAUGUGGACGGUGAUGUGCACUUUGACGACGCUGAGAUUUUCGGCUUGGAGGAAAACGAACAGGGGUAUAACUUUUUUCAGAUAGCCGCCCACGAGAUAGGGCACAGCCUCGGUUUGGAUCACUCAAGGGAGCCCACAGCACUCAUGUGGCCUCACUAUCAUUACAUAAAAAACUUCAAGCUGCCAAAGGAUGACGUCAUGGGCAUCCAGUCACUAUAUGGUACAAAUCCUAGUCAAAUCCAGAAACCCAAACAACAGGAUGUGUCUCACUGUGCCACGGUAUUUGACGCUAUCACGUCAAUAGGUGGCGUCCUGUACGUUUUCAAGGGAGGAAGAUUCUGGGAAAUAGUUGACGGGACGAUCACCACGGCGCUUGACGGCAGAAUGACCGAUGACUACUGGUAUCAACUGCCUGCUAAAAUAAAUGCUGUCUACCAUAGGAGCGACGGGAAAACUGUGUUUUUAAAAGGUACUAAGUACUGGGUGUACUAUGGCCAGUAUGCCGAGGCAGGUUACCCACGUCAGGUGGCUGAUUUGGGUCUCCCUAGCGGCCUGGAUGCUGCCCUGCCCUUCAACUCGGCCAAAACCUACUUCUUUAAGAAGAACCUAGUGUGGCGAUUCGACGAGAGGCGACAAUCCGUAGACCCAGGCUACCCAAAGAAGUUAAGGAGAGUGUUCAGGGGAUUACCAAAGAGGGUGCUGUCGGCAUUCCGCAAUAUAGACGGUCAGCUGUACUUUUUGAGUGGAAAGAGGUACUACCGGAUGAACAAGCGAGUUCGGAGGGUAGACAAAGGAUACCCUCGGUACUUUACAAAGGAUUUCAUGUCAUGUAAUUCUGUCAAAAGAUAAUCUUGAGGUCAAUCAUUUACCUGUACUUUCUCGUCAUUGUAUUCAUUAACAUGGCCUCGACAAUAUGCUGUAAGUUUUGUUUCAUAGUUUUUCAUGGGAAUGGACCCUUAUUAGAAGCUCAAAAAACAGCUUACGAUUUUGUUUACCAAACCUGCAGAAAUUGUGGUGUCUUAUUAUAAAGGCGUACAGGCCUCGAAAGAAUUAUUUAGGAUUUCUAAACAGUUUUAGGAGCUUAGUAGUUCUCUGCACUUGUUACCCUACUUCUUCAGAAAAAUAUUUAAUGGCACUGCUUUAACCCACGUUACGAAGCCUCAUGCACACAACAGCCCAGGAAGAAUCAUUGUAAAUGUAACGAUAAACUUCGCUUUUACAAGUAUACAGCUUGUGAUGUUUUUGACACAAAUGAGUUACCAAACUAGACUGGUGUUAAGGGUACUGAAAUCCGCUCUGUGACAAGUUUGCAUAUGUGAUUAACAAGGCUAGACCAUGCAAGCGUGCAGAAGAUGCCAUUUUAAAUUCAAAUUUCAGCACAGGCCAAUAGUUAGAAGAGGAUUGUUGAUGCCAGACUCGUCAAACAAGCGUUUAUGAUUUUCCAAAGGAUUUAAUUUUACCACAAUUUAGUUUCAGACCUAAAAACAGUUUAAAACAGUCGAGAAUAAUCAAGACUAGUUAUGUACAUGCAGAGAGAAUUGAAAGUCGUUUGCUUCCAAUCUAAAAACCAAGGUGAACGUAAUUUAUAAUUAAACAUGAAGCCUUAGGUAUGGAUUCACGAAUUCAUCUUCCGAUUUGAAUAUGUUGUCAUUUCUACAAGGACAUGAAUGAACCUACCUUUUGCGACAAUGAACUUUAACGUUGAAACAGGUUAGAUAUAUGCAAUUCCAUGAAAGCUGAUUUAAAAUCUCUUGUCGAUUAUCUUUAAGCGUUUUAAUUAUUGAGAAAUGCUACAGGCCAAGAAAUUAGUCCUGAGCCGCUGUACUGCAAAUUGUGCAUGAAACCUUUGCCAUUUGCAUGAAACCUUUGUAUUCGUUCUGUUGGACUUCUCUUCUCCUUUUACUGAUUUUAUUCUUUCUUUUGGGGAAUGGGGUGUGCACCUUUGCCACACGCGGGUGCGGCAAAGCUGCACUUCCCCAGGAAUGCACCCCUGCGACGCCCAGGCGUUCUCUUGAAUUUGGUCCAAGUUAGAGCCUGUUUUGUAAUCGUAUCGGCUGCUUGUAUAGACGAUUAUGGGCAUGAUCUCCCCAUAAUGUGGAAAGAUUCUGUUGCACUGUGUAACAACUGACGCACUACAGUGAUCUUGUGCUGGAAAUGACCUUUUCCUACUACAUCACUGUACUUACUUGCCAGCUAGUGGGUGGCAGAACGACAGAAUUUGCAACGGGCAGCGGGAUGAACGUGUAUGUGGUAGCAAGCCCUUGAUGGGAAAAAAUAGAUUUAAUUUUCCGCUAGGCUCACGAUUUUGAUUAAACGGCUUCAGCUUAAAGGCUGACGUAUCUGUAGCUCUAAACAUUGUAACUUUCGUAUGCCAUGAAACGAGAACGCCUCACCAGCAUCGAUGUCAUUCAUCAGCAUCUCUCCGAAGCUGUGUCAUAAGUUGGCAAAGUUUGCAACAGUUGGCAAAACAACCCAGACAUAAAAGAUAAACGUUACACCAAUUAUAGUGCUAAAUUAAGAGGCUUGUGUCAUCAGCUAUGACAAUGCUAAUGACAGUAACCGGUAUUAGUACCGUAUGCUUAUAACUUAAUGCAAUUUGUACAUAUCUGUAUUGUAUUGACAGUAAGAGGUUUUAGUAUUCACACAUGUAAAUCGUUUAAUGCAAUUUGUACAUACCUUUCCCUACCAAAAGAGGAUUACCUGUCAAUUGAUCAAUAGUACAAGCGUAUAAGAUGAGUGGAAUCUUCUUUGAAGGAAGUGCGACUUUGGUAAUUAGUUAAAGUAAAUACAGACCACGGGGACAAUUCACAGUAUUGGGAUGACGACAAUGACCCUAUGGGGCAGUGUUGACCACGGUUCUGAAGGAUAAGGUACACUAACAGUGGUGGUGCCAUGGCUCCAUGGUUUAGUAUCCUUUGAACCAUUUACACGUCAUUACUACUUAACUGGUUUAAACUACACCGUGCAACCAUUCUUGGACCUCCCUUAGGCUUAACCGGUCUGUUUAGUUAUGAAUGUUUUCAUCCUUUACGGUGGAAAAAAGAAUGUUUUGCUCUUUUUUUUCAUUUUUGAUGCGUCCAAUUUUAAAUUUAAAUGUCUUGAUUUUAAAUUUAAGUGUCUUGUUUGUGUAAUGUAUUUUAGUAUUUCAAGCUUGCAUUUAAAGAUUGCCUUUUAAUUGACAUGACACUGAGUGUUCGUGGGUGAUUGUCAUUAGGUUGAGUAAUCAUGUCAUGUACUUUUCUUUGUUGUAACAAUGACCAAUAAAUGAUAUAAUGACAGUGAAUAAUAAAGAUGUUUAAUUAACUCUAUACUAAUCUAA